GGGGGAUGACGAGGCCGAAGGAGAUCGGAUGGUGAAGGAGCAUGGAUGUGAUCUCUCGCCGUAGUCCACGCCAUGACGCUUUACAUUGCUCGCGAGGCUACGAAGUAGCUAUGGAGAAAGGUGUCGAUGGAGACGACGGUGGAGCUUCAGCUUCUUCUGGAGAAGUGGAGGCUUCUGCUUCUAGGGCUCGUAUUUCAGUAUAUUCAUGGGUUGGCUGCUCGAGGAGUUCACUAUUUACAUCGCCCUGGACCAACUCUUCAAGAUUUGGGGUUCAUGAUCCUUCCGGAGCUUGGGAAGGAAAGAGGUUACAUCAGUGAGAGUCUCUUCACUUUCAUCUUUUUUUCCUUUUUACUGUGGACAUUUCAUCCUUUUGUUUAUCAUAGCAAACGCUUCUAUACUGUUCUUCUAUGGCGCAGAGUGUUGGCAUUCUUAGUUGCCUCUCAGAUAUUACGGAUCGUUACAUUCUAUUCCACCCAACUGCCUGGUCCGAACUAUCAUUGUCGUGAGGGCUCGAUGCUUGCCCAACUGCCACCACCAAACAGUGUACUUGAAGUGCUUCUCAUUAAUUUUCCCCGUGGUGUCCUUUACGGUUGUGGUGACCUGAUAUUUUCAUCCCACAUGAUCUUCACUCUAGUUUUUGUGCGUACGUACCAGAAAUAUGGUUCUAAAAGGUUUGUUAAGUUCCUUGCAUGGUCGUUGGCUAUAAUUCAGAGUCUGCUAAUAAUAGCUUCUCGCAAACAUUACACUGUAGAUGUUGUUGUUGCUUGGUAUACUGUCAACUUAGUAGUGUUCUUUGUUGACAAGAAACUAGCUGAGAUGCCUGAUCGAGCAACUGGGUCAUCACCUUUGCUUCCACUAAGUAUGAAGGAAAAAGAUGGCAGAUCGAAAGAAGAGCUCCACAAGCUAUUAAAUGGAAAUUCUGUGGAUUCUGCUGAUCGGAGACAGAGAACUCAAAUGAACGGGAAGCACGCAGAGGACGCGAACCACGUCCACUCUGAUCUUAUGGCAAAUGGUACAUAGGUGAAGGAUGCUUUUGAUUGGAUCGCCAGUUGCAAUUCUCAAAGGAGAAUCAACUGCGACUAACCAGCAUGUAAUGUCUCUCUAGCCUAGAGUCUUAUGCCGUGCCUUAUUCAUUAUUAUUACAUGUAUUAGCUUAAAUGGCAUGGCUUCUAAUAGUUGCUACUUUUGAAGUUUCAGAAUUAUGGCUUUUGGCCUCUUAUCAGUUUUGCCUAUGUGUACAGCAGUUUCAUUCUAUUCUUCUAAAUGCCUCCAUGCUUGAAAUUAAUUC